AUGAAGCCGAAAGCGGCCCAGGUGCGGCAACAGCAGUCGCUGAAUCGGCGCAUCAAGCUGGAGGAGAGUGCUGCGCGGGUGCAGCAGGAGCUCUUCGCACGACAGGCCACCAUGCAGGGCAUGGGCGGCGGACAGCAGAGAAGCUCCAUAUACGGGUAUGCAGGUCACCUAGCGCACAACCGCGAUCCCAACCGCGGCGUCAUUACGCAGGCUGAAUGGAACGAGCUCGUAGAGCGGCACGAGGACUCGGGCAGGUGCUUUCGCUACUUAUUUGGCAUUCUCGUCUUUGUUGCCAUCCUUCUCCUCACAUUCUCUAAGUAUGACGAAGAGUACAACAUCGAGGUGCCACAGGUGGAGUCUGGUAAGGGCUUUGGCGAGAUCCUGAACCCCGACCGCGCUGUGGACGGCAGGGAGCUGGAGGGCUACUACCACACCCUCGGCGUCGAGGGUCGCCUUAAUCUGACACCCAGGACGGCAUCACCUGCGACCGAUACACCUGAGGAAAAUGGGUCGUCAGCGAAGAUUGCCAAUGACCCUGACAAGAUGCGCCGCCGCGAGAACUACCAGGUGCGGCAGCAGAUCAAGAAGGCUUUUCAGGAUCACCAGGAGAAGUACGGCCAGCUGGUCCACUGUGGUCGCACAUGUGAGGCAGAGAGCAAGCAGGUAGAGUUUGCCUACAACAAACUGACGUCGCAGGUGGAUCGAGAGCUGUUCGGCCUGCUGCUGGACGCGAAGGACACCAAGUCCGUGCGGUCCACCACCCCCGCUCAGUUGAAGAUGAAGUAUGAGGAGAAGCGUAAACAGAUCCUGGAGACAGAAGAGGACGAGGAGGACCGCAACAUGGCGCUCGAGGAGCUGAAGGACGCGUAUGAGAUAAUCGAAAAUCCUGAUGCCCGCAAGUACUACCUUCUCUACGGCGCAAAGCCACCGGAGCAGAUGCGUCACGUUAGCUCCCGUCAUGGUGGCUGGGGGCAGGAGAUGGCGCUGGGAACCUAUAAGUACCGCAUUAUCAUUAUGUGGUUGGAGUUUCUGCACCAGUAUAUUGGUCUGUGGGGCGAGACCGCAGUGCUCGGAUGCGUCGUACUGUUUAUGCUGUCGCGCCUGCCUCAAGCGCUGAAGGACUCACAGCGCAUCCUGGACGAGCUGGACCUUCAGGACGAGCACGCCGAGGAGGAGAAGAGGGCAGCGGUGCAGGCGCAGCAGAGUGAGUAG